AUGGAAUAUGUCCCUGUCCCGUACAUAAAAAGUAUAUCCUUGAAUACUGGUUCUUCGGUGACAAUCAAAGGGAAAGCUAAUAUGCCUUUCAUCAUGAGCCCAGAAAUGCAGGUGGAUUUCCUCACGGGAACUGAGGAGAAAUCAGACAUCGCCUUGUCUUUCCGAGUGUACUUUGGCAACUGUGUGGUGAUGAACAGCCGUCAGUGCGGGGACUGGGAAUCAGAGGAGAAAUACAGCUGCAUGCCCUUUGUGGAUAGCCAACCGUUUGCACUGCACAUCUCGGUGCUGCAAAAUGAAUACCAGAUAAUGGUAAAUGGCCGCCAAUGUUACACGUUUCCCCAUCGACUCAGGCCAGAAUCUGUGCAGACGUUCCAGGUGUGGAGAGAUGUCUUCCUGAAUUCAGUGAGUGUCAGCUAG